AUGCAGCGGAGCCGCUGCCGGCAUGGGGUCGGCGUAGUAAACAUUGCCGCGCGGAACCCACAUCAUGAUGUCUCGGACAACUACACUAGACACACUGUCACUCGCUCAUCACUCGUCUGUCUCAUCACUCGCCUAUCUGUCGUCCGUGGCUCCUGGCUGUCCGCGCCCGACUGGCCUAGCGGCGAAGUGCCGGUGACGUCACGAGUGGGCGGGGCCGAGCGGCCUCCGGCUCCGCCCACCUGCCCCUCCCCCACUCCCUCCUUGCUCGUCCUCUCUCAGUUACGGACACCUGAACCGCAUCUCGCCGCUCUCCUCAGCCACCGUAACCAAGCUUUUCGAAAUUGGUUAUUGAAGCUACACAGAACUCCUAUUGAGAUACGUUUACUGGAUAUUAGCUCUCGAUCUUGGAUAACCUCAAAACGACGCUAUGCCGCCAUUCCGAGGCCUAACUCUUGUUUCCGCCACAGGUAG